CUAUACAGAUGCGAAAUCCCAAACCCAACCCCAAAAAUCGUGAGCCUCGGCGCCCGUAUGAUGCAAGAGCCGUUCUGGCUCGGUCUGAUCGCCGUUUUCGUGGUCCUCGGCGUCAUCGGUCUGGUGUGGUGCGCCAAGCGACACUUCCCUGAGAAGAUUGAGAAGCUGCUGGCCGAGGAGGCAGAUCGGUGUGCGAGACCGUCCCCAUCGCCGCGCAAGAAGCGUAAUAAUUCAACGCCAACGAAGAAAAACGCAGCAGAAAAGAAGCAAAUACUUCAACAGCUCAUAAGUCCAGCUACAGCCAACGAGCACUCCAAGAAAAUUAGCAUGGGAGAGCUAAUUCAAAUGUCAGAGAAAAGGACUCUAAGCACCGUUGAGAGCGCGCCAGCAUUUAUGGAAUUUAGUGAGCAUAAAGAGACCUCAUUCGCUAGUGAGGCUUCAACGCCUUCAACAUCGCCAUCGACUAGACACAUAUCAGAUCCGAAGUUAGAAAAGAAAGUGACAUUCGCGAGACUCCUGAACAGGGUGUCAGCAGAAAUGAGCUCAAGCUCCGACGCGGAUAUGAUGAAUACGAUAGCGAUUCCGAUGGCGGUGAUAGCGGAUAGAGGAAUGAGGGCGAAGGCGUCGAGUACGCCGCCGUCGCCGGGGGUGGAAGCACGGUCGCCGCAUAGCACGUCGAGCAACCAGGGGAGUGACUCCAUGUCGAGUUUGGAUCUGACGUUAGCGCAUGCUGCUUUGAAAAAGUAUUCCAGAACCCCAAAAAUCUCAAGCGCCGACUCCAUCCUCGCGAUGUUCCGCAACUUCUCCACCUCGGCGGCCAUCAUCUCCCGCGCCUCCUCCGGCGGGAUCUCGGCGUCGAGCACGCCGACGGCGUCGUCGCCACAGGACGACACCGUGGACGCCGACGACGUGUCGCUCGCGUCGUCGCUCGUGCCCUCACUCGCGCCGGACUCGCCGAUCGCGAGGCCGCAUAAUACUAUUGAGAUACAGGUCCUAGACCCACUAAGCGCCCACAAAUCCUCAGGCCCCGGCAGCAACCUCCUCCACCCCCCAUCCAUCCUUCUAGAAGUCCCUUCGACCAUCAACAAGUGCCUCUCACCCAUCCGCGAACUGCCAACACCAUUGCCCACUCCUCUGCCCACUCCUUCGCCUACUCCGCUGCCGUCUCCUCGGAUGCCAAAGAAGAUGGAGUUGGAUAAGAAUGAGAUCAGGUGUAUGUCGCCGAGUGAGGAUGAAGAUGAGAUUCGACUGGAGAAGCCGGAGAGGCCGACGUCUGGGUUGAGAUUGAAGCUCCGUCAGCCAGCAUUCAGCUGUGAUACCCCCACCCCCUCCACCCACGUGACAGACUCACCCAGCCCCAGCUUCACCCACAGCCAAGACUCAGAGCGGGAAAUGUCCUCGCCAUCCCCUGCACCACCAUCCCUCCGAGUCCCAGUCUUAACCAUCGAACGACCAUCCCCAGGCUCCCCACCUCCCAAGAGAACACCUCCCCAUCUAGAGUUCCAACCUCCUCCUUUGAUAACGGUCACUUACAACGCCAGCGAAGAAUCAGAUGAACCUUUAUCACCAAGACCACCACCUCCAACAAUGAACAUGUGUUAUCUAAGCCCAUUCUCCAUGUCAGCGAGAGGAGAACGAGCGCCGUCAGAGUCCAAUCUUUCCUCAUCAGGCUACAGCUCCAUGGCCAGCCCAGGACCAUCGAGAUGUAGCUCAAGUAAUCCUUUAUGCCCGUCCGAAAUGGAAGAUCCUGGCUCAGGUGGGGGACCGUCCUGUUUUCAAAGAAGACGGCCGUUAAUGAAAACUAAUUCGAGUCCAGCAUCAUCAAAUGAUGACUCCAAGGAACGGAGACGAGGACGAUCCGACUCAGAGACGCUCUCAGAUGAUCCUUUGCUAGAAUCUAAUGACGAAGGCAUAGGAACAGAUGAAAGGGUAGACGAUGUACCGUCCAGCGCUAAAGAAAUGGAGACCCUAGUGGUUUUGAAAGAAUUAGACGUGCCUCAAACAUUAUGUUCUCCCAGUGGCGUGACUAAAUGCUCCAUCGUCAAAUGCUUGAGCGUUGAAAGAGGGCUAGAUGAGAAAGCGAGUCUACGACCACCAACAUUACUCACUGAUCUUACCAGACCUUUAAGCCCUGUAAGUUCCCGAAGCGAAUCACCCUUAAGCGACAAGGCAAGCUUGGGUCGCUUCUCACCACAGUUCUACGGGAGACAAUUACCUUUUACCGAUUCUGAUGGACUCUACGACUUUCCAAGUUCAGAGUGUGUGAAAGGGACAAGCUGUAAAGGAGGUACAAACACACAGAAGAAGUCUGGGAGGAAACGAGACAGAAGAACGACGAGGACUGUGUCGCAUGAAGCGACGGGAACGACCAAGUCAGCACUGCCUCAUAUGCCGCAUUCCAUGCAUAAUCUUUUAGAGGUGCCUGGGCCUCGCGACGGGAGCCGAGGCCGAAAGUCCGGGCGCCGGCGCUCGCGCUCGCAGGCCCCGGCUCCCCCUUCCUCCUCGUCCUCUGAGGACUCGGUGUCCGCGGCCUCGGUGGCCUCUGUGGCCUCCGCGAGGGAACUGAGGUUGCCGCCUGAUUUGGAUAUGCAGCCAAGUGAGCCGACUAGGUUGCGGAAACCACUCAGAAGACAAAAAUGCCGUAGUUCCGAGGUGAUCUAUGAAGAUACGUCAUCCAAGAUCUCAUCAAGUCUCGAUUUAACGGAGGACUCCCGAAAACCUGUCAAAGUUAAUAAACUAAGGACCAUCAGCAACCAAAUUAGAUUCCUUCGACGUUUGGAGCGAAGCUUGAAAAUGAAAGAAAGCUACCCUGCGUUAUCAGAUGACGAAGGCGAUGAAUCUUCAAGCGUAACUUCGCCCCUAUUACAAGGUCGGAAGGACCUAAAUCGAAUGCCGACACACGCGAUAUCAGCACCUCUAUUAGGACCCGGGAGGCCUAAAAUCGCCCGACAGAGGCGAUACGACCGAUCUUUGUUAAGUGAAGAUACUAGGAUACUAAGCACGGCAACAUGCCAUGAUAAUUCCGAUUGAAAAUGAACUCUGUGUUUACGUGAAUAAAGUGCAGUUUUACUUUAGCAAUAAGAGUGCGUUACGGUGAAAGUUUGAAUAAUUGCGUACUCGGCAAUGUCCAAAAUUUUGACAGCUGUCUGAUGACACUUGAGUAUACAAAAUUCUAAUCUAAUGUGAUAUAAUUAUAAUGUAAUGGUUCUUCAGGAGUGUUGACGAUUUUAACAGUUAGUAGUAAAUAUAGAUAACCAUCGUGUAGAGGUUUCGUUUUCUUUAGUUCCACUUUUGAUGUCUUGAACUUAUACGUGAUUCUUACUGUAAAUAAUUGUCUUAUAGCAAUAACCUAUUAUAAGGGUGUAUGUUCAUCCGUGUAGUUGAUUGAUACAGACAUUAAUACCUACUUGGUGUUUUUUUAUUCAUUAGUAAGGGGUUAGUCUUAUUUAGAUAUAGGUAUUGUUAAUUUUAUCUUAUUUUUUAAUAUUCCGCUAAAUAUAAUUUCCUGUUCGUUAGAUUAUUGACUAUGUAAAAUGCUUUUGUAAAUGUAUUAUACGUAUUGCUCAAAUGCAUAUUUUGUGAGAUCGUUUUUGCGCACUUUUUGCUGUUAUGUAUAUACAUUUAAUAUAAGUACUGUAAAUAUGGGGACUUCGAGAGAAAUGUAAAUACUUUGACACGUUUAGACGAAAUAAAGGUACCAAACUAACGGUAUACCAUGCACAAUUACUAAUAUACAAGCGUAAUCUCAAACAUAUAUUGUGUAUUACGGUAAGUCUAUUUAAAUAUAGCUACAUUUAGUACCUUUAACAUUUAACAGACGCACCAAUAGAAUAGAGAACGCAAUAAUGUCUAGUUACCUAAUAAAUGUUAUUCAAUAUUCAUUUGUUUUAGUUGGAACGAAAUAAAACUUAAAAUAGUAUAGCCGUAAUUAUACCCAUGUUUGAGCCAUAUUUAUUGGAGUCACAGUUUGAAGCUAGUCUAGAUUCCUACACCUAAACUAAGCAUUUGAAAUACAGGCUCGUAAGAAGAAGUCCGUAGUGCAUUUUCUAAAUUAUUUUAUCAAAAAAUCCGAGAAAAAAAUGUGAUUAGCGUAUCCAUUAUCAUAGCAAGGCCUGGAUAGAAACUAUGUAAGCCUUAACUCUAAAGUAAUAAUCUUAAAAUAAUUUGUUACAAUCCACAUGAUAUGACAAUUUUAUCUCGACAAAAUAUCGCUAAUGAAAACACCGAAAAACUUCUUGCUCAGUUCAUGUGAGUUGUCACAUUUAUUAGCCCUAAAAUUGUUUUAUAUACUCGUAGUAAGAAUUCUGAUACUAGAUACGAUUACCGCAAAACUAGAAGCCUAAAUAGACCAGUAGUGUACCCUAUACCCUAUACCCAUAUGCCUAUGAAAUGACAGUAGAUUGACUUAAUACUCAUCGUGUAUCUAUUUUAGACGUUUUUGUGUUUUCCUUUCAAUAUUAGAGAAGAAAAGGUAUCGACCUUUACGAUUAGGUACUCAAAGUAUAAAAAAAAUACCAGCAACAUUAUCAAUGUUUUUAAAGAAAGUUAACGAAGAAGAGCAGCAUCUAAAGAAUAGUCAUUCAAAAUAAUUUAAUUAUGGUUUCGCAAAGGCCGAUACUAUGGGUGAAUAAUUUUGUUUUUGGUAUUCUGUCCCGCGUAGUUUGUUAAAUAAAAUGUUAUACUACUCGUACAUUUUACUAAAAAGCUAAGUAGAUGACUAACUAUGGAAAGGACUUAUAACUACCAUAAAUAUUUAAAGAGACCCCAGGAGACCGUAACCGUGGAAAAGAGUAACAAGAAAAGUUUAUUCGCCCAUCUUCAAAAGUCGUAGUUAGCUUAAUGUCGUUAGAUACAGUUUCAGCAAUAAUUUUUGUGAUUCGACUGUUCAAAGACUGACGUACUGUGUGGGGGAACCAAUGCUUGUGUUUACUGUCUAUUUGUAUCUUAAUGUUUAGGUAUGUAUAAUAUUUAAACGUUGAUGUUGUAACACAUACAAACUUAUUUAGUAGCUGCACUGUUAUGUUUCAGUACUAAUUUUCUUAUAAAGAAGCUACUUGGUUAGUACCUAUACGAAUGCAUAAAAACAAAUGAAUAAUAAAUAAACCAACUUUGGCCAAGUGACCUUUGAUAUAGCACAAAUCAUCACUAUUUCACAUAAUUAUAUCUGAAAAUAACUGCCUGUUAUAAUAAGGCUAAUUCAAUCGGUGUGAUGAUUUCAAGAUAUGUCAAAACAAUAACUGCUUGCUUGUGUCAUAUCAAAGUACAUAAAUAAUUGUUUAUAGCCAGUAAUUGAGUUUAUAAAUAAAAUAAAAUUAAAUUAGAACUCACAUAUUCUCUAUAUUCUAUUCAGUCUGAAACCGAAGAGUAGUGCUUAGUUUUUCUUUUUAUCAGUUUAUAAUAGCAGACGUAUAUUGAAGUUGUUUAUUGACUUAAUCGAAAUGUAACUUUUAACAACUUUUAGUAAGAACGGGACGUUUUCAAGGAAAAGUAUACCAACUAGUAUUUUGAAUAAUUUAAUCAAUUGAAUAAUUAUUUCUUGAGUACUAUACGAAUAUACACGUCAUACGAGUCACAGCAAUGUGUCAUUAUUCAGCCACUAGAAUCUUAAUUUCUUUGGUAAUCUUGGUAGGCUAUUUACUGCAAAGGUAUUAUCAUAAACACGAAAACCCAAAUAAAAGAGUACCGAACGCUAGCGGUAAUUUUAUAAUUAUAUUCAAAUAAAAAUAACGCUAAAAGGUGUUCUUAAAGGCCUAUCGGUAAGUCAUCAUUUCUGCUAGAUUAUUGCAAUAUUUAAUAGUAUAAAUAUGAAAGUCAUGAAAUUAAUGGCCUGUUCAUUGAGACUGAUUUUCUAAUACUUAACUCUUAAAAUUGUGGCUUAGUUUUCCUCGUUUGUGUGAAUAGCUCUAAAUCUCCCUUCUACGACAUCCUUGUGUACAUAUUCUUUCGCACGAGAUGCCUUCACUGCCAUUGAAAAAAUCACAAAUAUAGUUUGCCUAUACUUCUUUCUAUACAUCCAUUAUAUCAGGGAAAUAUUAAAAAUAAUGUAUUCUUAUAUCUAUGUACAGCAGCCUGGUAUAUCUAUUUAUUGAAAUUAAUUUAAUUUAAUUACAUACGUGUGACAUAAGUUGUAUUGGUUUCAGACUAUGUAACAUACCCAUUUUAUCAAAGCAUAAAUAAAUAUAUAUAUAGGUAUUAACACCUUUUGAAAAACACUAUGCUCAGUGCUUUAAACACUAUGGUUAAUAUCCAUAAAAUAACAAUAACUAUAAUAUUUGAAAAAAGUUUAAACCUAAAACUAAAGGUACCAUCUAUUAACUGCAUUUAAUUUUGUGUUUUUUUUGCAUUUAACAUUAACAAUAUGUAUACUUACCUACACUAAAUGCACUCAAUUAAAAUAUAAGCAAUAUGUUAAAGUUUUUUCAUAAUAAUUGUAAAUGUAAGUUGUCAAGUAUAAAUCGAAUAAUUAUUGGAUAUUUAAUACUCUGUGAUUGCAAGUAUAAGGCUCAAAACGUUUCUACUUACUGCAUAUCAAUAAUUUGUUAUUAUAAUUUAAAUUAUCACAUCUUUAGUUUUAUAAUUGUAAAUAUAAUUUCAAAUUGCCUUAAUUAUAUAUACAAUAUAUAAGUUUCAUAAUAUUAAGUGUAAUGUGUGUAUUGCUAUGUCAUUUUAGGUAUUUCAUGAAAAACCUAAAGUUUUGAUUUGUCCGUGACAUUUUAGUCAUCGUUGUACAGUCAACAACAGAGCUAUUAAUACAGGCAAAGUGUCAAAAAUAUGUAUACAGUACUUUAUUGCCUGUACAUUAAGGUCGUGUAUACAUAUUUUGGCACUUUGCCUGUAUUCAUAGCUCUGUUGUUGACUGUACCUACCUUGUUUAAUCGAAAAUUGGCGAUGGUUUGACUUCAGUAUUUAAGAUAAAUAAUAAUAGAUAAUUUAUUUAUUUUAAGAUAGAUAAUUUGUUGUAGAUAGGUAAUAAUACAUAAUACGUUGACAGGAAAAACUAAUAAAGUACUUUUAUUUACUUAUUUUUACUCAAAUACACAAGACGCGCUAGUAAAAAGUAAAGUGGCAACAUUGUCUUACUUUUUUUGGUCUUGAACUACGAUUUUCAGAUUAAAUAUUUAAUUCAUGUUUAAUUCUAUAUGUCAUAAACAUAAACCACAAGAUAUUAAAUAUUUAAAUGAAAUCAAAUCAUUGCCAAUAUUUCCCGGUACGUUAAUAUUCUUCAAGAGGUGACCAUCUAUGUAGUGUCACGUACAAUAUAAGUGCACCUUUAUUAUUAUAGCCAUAGGUUGAAAAUCGUGUGAACUCUAACCUUAGAAUUUUAUUUUAAUAAUUAUGAUUUAUUAAGCAACUUUAAGACCCACAUUAAAAAUAUUUUCACCACACCAGCUCGGAAAAAAUUACUUUGCACUUCAAAAACGAAUAGCAAAGUUACAUUUUAUCCACAUGUGAGGCAAAGUAAUCAAAUGCAAAUUUUGAGUUGUUUUCUUAUGUUUGCUGGUAGAAUUGACUUUUAAAUGAUGAUUUUGGAUGAUAAAUAUUUAAUAACAUUCAUUUGGAUUUGAUUUGGUUUGAUUUUGUUUGAUAUUUUACAUUUAAUAUUUGCUUCGGGUUGGUGUGGUGAAAAAUGUUGUGUUUCACUCGGGGGCAAAUUUUGUUUAACCCUUGUGCUUUGAAACCCUCGCAACGCUCAAGAUUCCAUUUAUCGAACCACUCGCUAUGCUCGUGGUUCAAUUUUGGAAUCUUUCGCUUGCUCGGGUAUCAAUAUUAGCACGAGCGGUUAAACAACAACUUUGCCCCCUUGUAAAACAAAUAACUAUUAAACUGCAACUGACGAAAUACAUCAGACCUCAAAUUGUUUUAAUACUUUAGUUAGGAUGGGUCGCACCAAAUCGUGUGUCACCGUUAAACGCUCACUAAAUUAAUUUGUAUGGAAAGUUCAUAGUUCACUGCUCAGUGGCAUAGAUCAGUCCGCCAAUUGAGAUUGGUGUAACCAGCCCUUAGUCAAAGAAGACUACCUUUGCUUAACGCAUAAAUAAUGUCAAUAGUUUAUUAAAAAAUACAGUAACACGUGAAUGAAUGAAUGUGGGCCUUAAAAUUGUGGGCCGUAUAUAAAUAGUUGCGCCAAUAAGUUGAAAGUAGGGUUCAAAAUUUAAGUGAGAGGGAGAGGUGUGAUAAUAUGGCUCUGAAAUAGCAGGAGCUGUUUAUUUUACAAGUUUUUACAAGUUAUAUGAUACAAGAUGCCAUUAUGAAAAAUUAUAUUUCCGUGUGGUUUGCCCUUCAGAAAAUUAAAGGUACCUUUCGAAACUAAUUUAUUUAUAUCAACUCCAUAAAACCCGGUUUAGUGCCGGUUAUAGUAUAACACACCAACAAACGAGUAGGUACACAAAGUAAACUACCUACCCAAUGAUUGGCUUUGAAAGUAGUGGCUGUCAUUUGUCUUCAUUUUUGACCAAGCAAGCAUAGGUAUGCGCUUCCGUUCAGCUUGGACAUAAAUAAAUGCACGCAUUAUUAUUUCAACCUUUUAUUUUGGAAUUAGGUAGGUACAGCCGCCAUCAGAUUAUCGGCGCGGCCAAGAUCGUCACAGAUAUCUGAACUAGCGCCUGGACAAUAGAGGCGUGUUCAGAUAUUUGUGACCACCUUGGCCGCUCCGAUAUAUAUAAUGGCGGCUGUACACUUGAACAGAGGGGUUUGUUGGAUCAGCCCAGGCCUUAAUAUUUUCAGCUAAAUAAUACAUAAGUAUUCCUAAGAUUUGCUAUUGCGCAUAUUGUCACAUCUCUUAACAAAAGCUCACGGCAUACUUAGCUUCAAUUUUACAUCUACGAUGGGCACGAUCUCUAUAGAUAUGGAGCUAUUUGAUAUUGUACCUUAUCUUGCUAGCUUUUUAAUUAAAGUUACAUAUUUUAUUGAAAAAUCCAUAGCGAAAAUAGGUAGGUACUACCAAUAGAGGCCAAUUUAACACGGGCAGAUCAUAAUAUCCAAACAAAUAAAAAAUACUGCAUAGUUCGUGUUAUUCGUAGUCUAGUACCCACAACACAAGCCUUAUUGAGCUUACUGUGGGACUAGGUCGAUCUGUGUAAAAUUGUCCUAUAAUAUUUAUUUAUUUAUUUAUUUAUUCCACGCAUAAAAUAAGACUAAUAACUAGAGGAUGAAUAGUUCCAUAUCUAAAAUAGCCCCAAGUGUCCCUAUUGUUUUACACCUUAUUAAAUUAUAAAUGUGAUGACUUGGACGUAAUGUAAGGACUCAUGUAAAUAAUGUUUUACACUAUCCCUGCCCGUUUAUUAAGGUGUAUAUUAUUCAUUAUUAUAUUAUUAACAUCUUAUUCACGAACAAAUGUAAGAAUAAAGGUAAAUACAUUUUGCUUGUUA